GGGGCCGGGCGGGGCUCCGCGGAGCUGAGGGCUCGAGGCGAGGUACGGGGCGACCGGCGGCCGCGUAGCACUGAGGAGGAACACCUACCUGUGGCAUGGGAGAAGAUCUUCUUGCACAAGAGCCUAAAAGUAUUUAAAGUUUACAGAAUGAAAAGAUGGCACAGGCAAUGCUGGUACCACCAGGAUCUGACUGCUUCUUCUAUUUCACCAAAGAGUCUCUUGCAGCUAUUGAAAAACGUAUUGCUGAUGAAAAGUCUAAUCGUGAUAAAGAUGAGCACAAAGAUGAUGUUGGUCAUGAAGAAGUUCAGCCCACGCCAAAUAAUGACUUGGAGGCAGGAAAGACGCUGCCAUUUAUUUAUGGUGAUAUUCCUCCAGAAAUGGUAUCUGAGCCCCUGGAGGACUUGGAUCCAUAUUAUAUCAAUAAAAAAACAUUUAUAGUAUUGAAUAAAGGGAAGACAAUCUUCAGGUUCAGUGCCACAUCUGCCUUGUACCUUUUAUCUCCUUUCAAUGUUAUUAGAAGAGUAGCUAUUAAGAUUUUAGUUCAUUCGUUGUUCAGCAUGCUCAUUAUGCUCACGAUUUUGACAAACUGUGUAUUCAUGACAUGGAGAAGACUUCCAGAAUGGACAAAGAAUGUAGAGUACACUUUCACUGGAAUUUAUACUUUUGAAUUUCUGGUAAAAAUCCUUGCGAGAGGUUUCUGUAUAGAUGAUUUUACUUGCCUUCGUGACCCUUGGAACUGGCUUGAUUUUGUUGUCAUUUCCUUUGCAUAUGUGACAGAGUUUGUGGACCUGGGCAAUGUCUCAGCAUUGAGAACAUUCAGAGUUCUCCGAGCUUUGAAAACAAUAUCAGUUAUUCCAGGCUUGAAGACUAUUGUGGGAGCCUUAAUUCAGUCUGUGAAGAAGCUCUCAGACGUAAUGAUUUUGACUGUUUUUUGCCUGAGUGUGUUUGCACUAAUUGGUCUGCAGCUGUUCAUGGGCAACUUGAAGAAUAAAUGUUUGUUAUGGCCAUCAAGAAAUUCAACCUCUUUUGAAAAAUACUUAACUCCAUACUUUAAUGAUACAGUGUUUGACUGGGCAGCGUACAUUGAGGAUGAAAGUCAUUUUUAUCGUCUAGAAGGACAAAAGGAUUAUCUGCUUUGUGGCAAUAGCUCAGAUGCAGGUAAAUGUCCAGAAGAGUUUAUCUGUGUGAAAGCAGGUAAAAACCCCAACUAUGGUUAUACUAGCUUUGACACAUUCAGUUGGGCUUUCUUGUCCCUGUUUCGACUUAUGACACAGGACUACUGGGAAAAUCUUUAUCAGCUGACGUUACGAGCUGUUGGCAAAACAUACAUGAUAUUUUUCGUUCUGGUUAUUUUUCUGGGUUCCUUUUAUUUGAUUAACUUGAUUUUGGCUGUGGUUGCCAUGGCCUAUGAAGAACAAAAUCAAGCAACUAUGGUUGAAGCAGAACAGAGGGAGGCAGACUUGCAGCAGAUGCUUGAACAGCUAAAGAGGCAGCAAGAGGAAGCUGAGGCAAUAGUGGCAGCUGCAGCAGAGAUGACAGAGUUUGGUGGUGAAAGUGGACCUUCAGACAGUUCUUCUGAAGCAUCCAAGCUUAGCUCAAAAAGUGCCAAAGAAAGGAGAAAUAGACGGAAGAAAAGAAGGCAGAGGGAGCAUUCUGGAGAAGAGGAUAACAUGAAAGAUACAAAGCUUUCAAAAUCUGAGUCAGAUGGCAGUGUGAGAAGGAAAGGUUUCAGAUUUUCUUUUGAUGGCAAUAAACUUGCUUAUGGGACCCGGCUCACAUCACCCCACCAGUCUUUACUAAGCAUUCGUGGCUCCCUGUUUUCCCCCAGACGUAGUAGCAGAACAAGUCUUUUCAGUUUUAGAGAUCAUGGAAAAGAGAUAGGAUCUGAAAAUGACUUUGCUGAUGAUGAACACAGCACAUUUGACGAUAACGGAAGCAGAAGAGGUUCUCUUUUUGUACCACUGAGACACAGUGAACGACGUGGUAGUAAUAUUAGUCAAGCCAGCAGAUCGUCAAGAAAGCUGACAAUGUUUCCAGUGAAUGGGAAGAUGCAUAGCACUGUGGAUUGCAAUGGAGUGGUUUCUUUAGUGGAUAGACCUCCAUGUCUCCUGUCGCCUACAGGGCAGUUUCUGCCAGAGGUGACAAUAGACAAACCAACAACUGAUGACAAUAGUACUACUACAGAAAUGGAAAUAAAAAAGAGACGUUCAAGCUCAUAUCAAAUACCGAUGGAUUUGCUGGAGGAUCCCAAUCUAAGACAAAGAGCCAUGAGUAUAGCUGGCAUCAUCACAAGUACAAUGGAAGAACUCGAAGAAUCCAGACAAAAAUGUCCACCCUGCUGGUAUAAGUUUGCCCACACAUACUUAAUUUGGAAUUGUUGUGAGUUUUGGUUAAAAGUGAAGAGUGUAGUUUCAUUUAUUGUAAUGGACCCAAUUGUUGAUCUGGCUAUCACUAUUUGCAUAAUUUUAAACACACUGUUUAUGGCCUUGGAGCAUUAUCCAAUGACGGAGACUUUUAACAAUACACUUAAAGUAGGAAAUCAGGUUUUUACUGGAAUUUUUGCAGCAGAAAUGGUUCUCAAGAUAAUUGCCAUGGAUCCUUUUUAUUAUUUCCAAGUUGGCUGGAAUAUUUUUGAUAGCUUUAUAGUUACCCUCAGUUUGGUGGAGCUUUUUCUGGCAAAUGUGGAUGGAUUAUCUGUUCUACGAUCGUUCAGAUUGCUUCGAGUUUUCAAGUUGGCAAAAUCUUGGCCAACUCUAAAUAUGCUGAUUAAGAUUAUUGGCAACUCAGUGGGGGCUUUGGGUAAUUUGACCCUGGUAUUGGCCAUCGUUGUGUUCAUUUUUGCUGUGGUUGGGAUGCAGCUGUUUGGGAAAUACUACAAGGAAUGUGUCUGCAAGAUCUCUAGCGACUGCGAACUUCCACGCUGGCACAUGCAUGACUUUUUCCACUCUUUCUUGAUUGUAUUCCGAGUGCUGUGUGGAGAAUGGAUAGAAACGAUGUGGGACUGCAUGGAGGUUGCAGGGCAGCCUAUGUGCCUUACUGUCUUCAUGAUGGUCAUGGUGAUUGGAAACCUAGUGGUAUUGAAUCUUUUUCUGGCCUUGCUGCUGAGUUCAUUUAGUUCAGACAGCCUUUCUCCUACCGAGGAUGAUAAUGAAAUGAAUAAUUUACAGAUAGCUGUUGCAAGAAUUCAGAAGGGAAUAGAUUUUGUGAAGGAAAAAGUAGGUGAAUAUAUUCAAAAAUCUUGCUGGAAGAAACAAGUGGCUGCAAAUGAAAGAACAGCAACAGAUCAGUUGAAUGAUGAAAGACACCAUUGCAUUUCCAACUGUACCGUUGCUGAAAUAAAGAUAGAUACAACUUACCACAAAAAUGAGAAUGGAACAGCUGGUGUUGUAGGGAACAGUGACUAUCCAUUGUUCAUAAACAACCCAAGCCUUACUGUUACAGUACCGAUAGCUGUUGGAGAAUCUGACUUUGAACAUAUAAAUACAGAAGAGUUUAGUAGCGACUCAGAUUUGGAGGAAAGCAAGGAGAAGAUAAAUCUUUCCAGCUCAUCUGAAGGAAGUACAGUUAAUUUGGCUCUCUUUGAAGAAAAAGCUGAGACUGAACCAGAAAAAGCAGCAGAGCUACAGACAUGUUUUACAGAAGGUUGUAUACAGAAGUUUAAAUGCUGUAGAUGCAAUAUGGAAAGCAGAAGAGGAAUAAUCUGGUGGAACCUUAGAAAAACUUGCUACAGGAUAGUAGAACACAACUGGUUUGAAACAUUCAUUGUCUUCAUGAUUCUUCUCAGCAGUGGUACUCUGGCUUUUGAAGAUAUAUAUAUUGAACAGCGCAAGACUAUCAAGGUCAUACUGGACUAUGCUGAUAAAAUCUUCACUUAUAUCUUUAUUCUGGAAAUGGUGCUAAAAUGGGUGGCUUAUGGUUUUCAAACUUACUUCACUAAUGCCUGGUGCUGGCUGGACUUCCUGAUUGUUGAUGUCUCCUUAGUUAGCUUAGUAGCUAAUGCUCUCGGUUUCUCAGAACUUGGUGCAAUUAAAUCUCUCCGAACAUUAAGGGCUUUGAGACCUCUAAGAGCUUUGUCACGCUUCGAAGGAAUGAGGGUGGUUGUGAAUGCUCUUACUGGAGCAAUCCCAUCCAUAAUGAAUGUGCUUCUGGUUUGUCUUACAUUCUGGCUAAUUUUCAGCAUCAUGGGAGUAAAUCUGUUUGCUGGCAAGUUCUUUUACUGUGUUAACACCACAACUGGACUUCAGUUCAAACCAGAUGAAGUUGAUAACAAAACUAUGUGUGAAAAUCGUAGGAGCACUGCAUCAGAUGUUCAAUGGAAAAAUGUGAAAGUAAACUUCGAUAAUGUUGGAGCUGGUUAUCUUUCUCUGCUUCAAGUAGCAACAUUUAAAGGAUGGAUGGAAAUCAUGUAUGCUGCUGUUGACUCUAGGGAUGUAGGGAAACAGCCCAUGUACGAGGAUAACCUAUACAUGUAUCUUUACUUUGUUGCCUUUAUCGUCUUUGGAUCCUUCUUCACCCUAAACUUGUUCAUUGGUGUCAUCAUAGAUAACUUUAACCAACAAAAAAAGAAGCUAGGAGGUCAGGACAUUUUUAUGACAGAAGAACAAAAGAAAUACUACAAUGCAAUGAAGAAAUUAGGUUCCAAGAAACCACAAAAACCUAUACCUAGGCCAGCGAAUAAAUUGCAAGGUUUGGUGUUUGAUAUUGUAACAAAACAAGCAUUUGACAUCGGCAUUAUGGUCCUCAUCUGUCUUAACAUGGUCACCAUGAUGAUAGAAACAGAUGACCAGAGUGAACUUAUGCAAAAUAUUUUAUACUGGAUUAACUUUGUUUUUGUUGUCCUUUUCACUGGAGAAUGUGUCUUAAAACUCUUCUCGCUCCGUUACUAUUACUUCACUGUUGGCUGGAAUAUCUUUGAUUUUGUGGUUGUUAUCCUUUCAAUAGUAGGUAUGUUUUUAGCUAAGGUGAUUGAAAAGUAUUUUGUGUCCCCUACUUUGUUCCGAGUCAUCCGACUUGCCAGAAUAGGUCGCAUCCUGCGUCUCAUUAAAGGCGCAAAGGGAAUCCGCACUCUGCUUUUUGCUCUGAUGAUGUCUCUUCCUGCUUUGUUCAACAUUGGCCUGCUGCUCUUCUUGGUCAUGUUUAUCUAUGCCAUAUUUGGCAUGUCCAACUUUGCCUACGUUAAGAGGGAAGCUGGAAUUGAUGACAUGUUCAACUUUGAAACAUUUGGCAACAGCAUGAUCUGCCUAUUUCAAAUCACCACAUCUGCUGGCUGGGAUGGCUUGUUAGCCCCAAUUCUUAACAGUGGGGAGCCAGACUGUGAUCCUAACAAAGUUCACCCAGGGAGCUCUGUUAAAGGCGACUGUGGCAACCCUUCGGUUGGGAUUUUCUUCUUUGUCAGCUACAUCAUCAUAUCCUUUCUGGUGGUGGUGAACAUGUACAUUGCUGUCAUUCUGGAGAAUUUUGGUGUUGCAACUGAAGAAAGUGCUGAGCCCUUGGGUGAGGAUGACUUUGAGAUGUUCUAUGAGGUUUGGGAAAAAUACGAUCCAGAUGCAACACAAUUCAUAGAAUACAGCAAACUAUCAGAGUUUGCAGCUUCUCUGGAUCCUCCUCUUAAUAUACCAAAACCAAACAAGAUCCAGCUGAUUGCAAUGGAUCUGCCCAUGGUAAGCGGUGACAGAAUUCACUGCCUCGACAUCUUGUUUGCUUUCACAAAGCGUGUGUUAGGGGACAGUGAUGAGAUGGAUGCCCUCAGAGUACAGAUGGAAGACCGAUUUAUGGCAGCCAAUCCUUCCAAAGUCUCCUAUGAACCAAUCACAACCACAUUAAAACGGAAACAGGAAGAAGUGUCUGCUACCAUUAUUCAGCGUGCCUAUAGAUGUUAUCUUUUAAGACGAUCAAUAAAGAAACUCUCAUAUAUGUACCGCAAAGAUGGGGUUGAUAUACUUAGCAAAAAUUAUAUGCUUUUUGGUAAGCUAAGUGAAAAUUCAACUUCAGAAAAAACAGAUAUGACUGCAUCCACCACAUAUCCACCUUCCUAUGACAGCGUAACAAAACAAGAAAAGGAAAAAUAUGAAGAUGACAAAUCAGAAAAAGAAGACAAAGGGAAAGACAGAAAAGGAAAUAAAAAGUGGAAGAAGACAUAAAGAAGUGGGCAGUGGUGGCUGUUUAAAGCCUCAGAAGAUGAAUUUUUUUUAUCAAUAACACUUCUGUUGGAGGAUUAUGCCAAAAUGACAAGUUUUUACUUAUUUACCGAGUGCUAUUGUCAGUGCCUGUACCAAGAUAAUGACAUGUGGUAGCAAACCCUGUAUGUAGCAGGGAAAAAAGCAUUCCAGAAGAAUAGUUUUUAUUACCAGCUGGCACUAAUAGAGAGGAGACAUAAACUUUUUACUUGGACUAUGUGGACUCUUAAUGGAGGGCAAAAUUAUCAGUUCUAGUAAGUUUGUGGAAUACGUGUAUCCACUGUAUGCAUUUCAUCUACUAUGUAUGUGUAUCUUUUCCUUUGGUGGUCUCAUUUGCUGUAAUUCACAUUCUGUUAUUUGUAAUUGUACUCUGUUGAGGAAGAAGAUAAAUGUUCAUACAGAGGAACACAGUGUCAUGAGCUAGGUAAUUACAGAGUCAGAAUGUGAACAUAGUCUUCUUCAAGCCACCGCUUCUAAAAGCAGAAAAGAGAGUGUCCAGACUCUUGGACCUUAGAAUCUACAUCAAAUCAACAGCAAAUGAUAAAGAAUAUAGUUUAGAAAAAUAAUUUAUCAGAAAACAGAAGAAUCACUUUCACAGAAAGGAGGUUAGUAAUUUGUUCUCUUGAUUUUACUAUACUUGUUUAAUAUUUCCUAUUAACUCUUCAUUUUUCAUAUAGUCCUAUUCAGUGAAUGAUUUAAAUGCAUCAUGCUACAGAAAAUUUCUUAUUUGAUAAAUGCAGAACUAGUAAAAAAGAGUUAGUUUACUUUCAGGGUCCAAGGUUACUCUUAGUUUAUGAGUGCUUUUAUCGUAGAGUAGCUAUAAACACCAAAUUUUUGCUUACAGGGAAUCACUGGAGAAAAAAAAAAAAAGCAGUAGUUUAUUUUACUUAGUUAAGAAACAAAUGUAGACCUUGCAACAACUUCCAUACUUCAUUCUAAUGUCAGUCUCUACAAAUUUAAUUUCACAUAUAUAAAUCCUAUUUAAUACAGUAAUCAAAGUUACAUGUAUAAAAUGACAGCAAAAUACCUAUUGGAACAAACAAUACUUCGAGAAGCUGAUUGUGUUGAAGAUAUAAACUAAGUACAUUGAAGGUAACUUUGAGCCCCAUAGGACUUUAGCCAGGUUUCCACUUUAUGAAAUGCAGUCUUCCAUAGAAGGCUGGUAUGACCAAAUGAUGUACUUGAAUCAGCUUUGUUCUGCACUGUGGUUUAGAUGAUUUUUUCACAUCAAAGCUUAUAGAACCUACAUAGGUAAAAUUGUUCUGUUACUUAGUCAGUUGUUUUACACAGUGGUACCUGUUUGAACAAAGAGACGAUGACCUAAGUACUAAGUAUUUAUUGCAUUAAAUAUGUACCCUCAUAAAUGUGGCUUUUAAUAUUUCAGUAAAUUAUAUGAUAUAUUCUGUAAUACUCUAAAUAAUUGGGAAGCUUUAACUGAUGCAUGCUUGCUGCUAUUAUUCUACAGCUAUUAAAGUCUAAGAUGGAAAGACAUGUGAGUGUUAGAAAGGAAAAAAAACUAUUCAGCAAGACCAUCAUUCCUCACAACAGUAAGCAAUAGUUUGCUGCUAUUAUAGAUUUUAUUUUGAGUUUAUUAAUGUUAUGCUGUGAAUAAACAGACAAUAGAAGAUUAAUAUACUGCUUAACUUGCUUAAAAUGUGAGGCUAUAAAAAUAUAUAUAUAUUGAUCUCUUCAUGUUAUUUUGCAAAUAAAUUUAUUUUAUAAUAUUUUAUGCAUGUUAGAAAUAAUACAAAUAUCUUUAUUUAAUCAUUUUUAUUUCUAUCUGUAACAGUUUUUUGGGUUUUUUUGGAGGGGAACGUAAGAUACAAUAUGAAUUGGCAAUUGCAAUUCUCUGCUAAUUAUAUGAAAACAGAUUUUAGUAAGUGGUAGUUUUAAAAGAAAUGAACAGCAUAGAUCUUUUUCUGAUCAGUGAUAGUUCCUUGUACGUGACACAAGAUGGAAGUUUUCUUUUAAAAUCAUGCUCUUGUCUAUCAAUUUUCAGGUUAAUUUUUGUCAUAGAAACCUUGUUUUUCUGCCAUGUUAUUCACACUGCCUGCUUGUCCUGUGGAUUUGUCGUGCAGUAGUAGUGCUUUAAAUAUAAUUUGCUAUUCAAAAUCUUUCUUCAUAAGAAUGAACAGUUAACUUGUGUAAUGGGCAGUGAAAUACCUUCCAAUUCUUACAAAAGAAACUAUAGAUGGGCUUUUGCUUCUACAGAAACUGGUUUCUGUACUGGUAAAUUGCAUGCAGGAUGUUGUUUUACCAAAAAUAACUACACUGCUAACAACCCAGAAGAAUAAAGAUAACCUUUUUAUGUAUUUGUUUUAGUCUUUGUGGUUUUUAUUGUAGGAGACUAAUACAGUUCAACAAGUAAUUGUUCACCCUUAACUUUAACAACUUCAGUGAUAAAGCAAUAUGUUCUGAACAUCUAUAUUACGUGUUAUUUGAUUACUUGUAUCAGUAUAAACUUGUCACCAUAAACUGAAAUGUCCAUAUUGUCCUGAACAGAAAGGUUUUUAUUUUUAUUUAUUUAUUAUUAUUAUUAUUAUUUUUAAUUCAGAAAAGAGUUCCAUUGCAACUAUGUGAGUUUUGUCAGAUUUUUACAAAUUUUCUAGGAAGAGCUACAGUGGUGUCCUGGCACCAAGUCCAAAUUUUGGAUGUCUCAAAGGUACUACUGAGCAGUGGAUCUGUAUGUUGUUCACCCUGAUGUUGGAGCUCUGAGUGUUCUGUCACAGGAAUAACCCCAGAAGGACUAAAGCCUUCAUUUCAAAUUUGAAUUUUACCUCAUAUGAGGACAGCUUCAUGUAUAGGAAAUUUCAAAAGGUAUGAAAAAGAACUGGUGACAGUAAAAGAAAUUACAGUGCAGGUGCCGCUGAGAAGUUAUUAAUGUAAAAUCUUUUGCAAAGUUAAUUGGAAGUCAAAGCACUCUGCAAUUAGAUGAAAGUAUCAAAGAACAUGGCAUUGCAAAAAUUCUGCAACAGAGUGAGUAGAAAAGGUUGUCUUAGUACAAGGGUCAAGAAAGAAAGCUGCAGGCUAAAAUCUGGGUUAAAAAAUAGUUCAUAUCUCUGUUAACAUCCAAAAUGUGAAUGUGUAUGUACUCUUUUUAUUCAAAUCUGUCAUUACGUACACAUCUUGAAUCACUUCAGCGAGUAAAAGUCUCCCAGUAUUCUUGUGGAGAAAAAAGCCAGAGUAUACUGGCUCAACUUUUCAAUUAUUUGGUAACUACUUGCUCUUCAGCUUUGUUUUCCUUGUCCCAUAGUAGGAGGAAGUUUUUCAUACAGAGAGUGGUGACACACUGGAACAGGUUACCUAAGGAGGUUGUGGAUGCCCCAUCCCUGGAGGCAUUCAAGGCCAGGCUGGAUGUGGCUCUGGGCAGCCUGGUCUAGUGGUUGGUGACCCUCCAAAUAGCAGGGGGGUUGAAACUAGGUGAUCAUUGUGGUUCUUUUCAACCCAGGCAAUUCUAUGAUUCUGUGAUAUGAUUCUAUGAUAGUCUCCAUCUCUUUUCCUUCUUCUUCCUGCUUCUUCCCUAGUCUGGAAAUGAGAGGAAAUGCCUUUCAGCCAGAAAAACACAAUAUCAGUUUGUUGCAGCAAAUGAUUCAAACAGUGGAGCUGAAGAGUAAUUGGUGACAGCACCUGCAAAUGGUGGUAGGUAACCUCAGUAGCAUAUAGACUUCAGCAGCCAUUAGAAUAGAUGUUUAAAAAGGCAUUUAGUAAAGAAAUUAGAGAUAAUUUAUUAUCUUUUAGGAUUGACUAGAUUACUGAUCACAAGGAAUAUUAUAUUCCCCUUAAAACUCCAGAUUUGUAUGUAUAAUUCAAAUAGCAGAUACACAGCAGUCAGCCCUCACCUAAAUAGAUAGAAAACUCUGUAGAAGUGAUUUAAACCAACUUUGAAACAUGACAAAAAUGCUCAUAAAAAUGCUCUGGUUCUUAAAGACCAGUAAUCAACUUACUUUCCUACUUGUGCUAAUUGUAUAUACUUUUUUUUUUAUAUGAAGUUAUAUCCUUUUAAAGCAUAUCUCAUCUGAAAAAUAGUGGUAAGGACAUUUGGAAAGUGUCUAGUUUAUUUGUAACCCUUUGAGAGUUUCUUUAGGUUAGACAUUUUGCUAACAGUUUCUAGAGUAUAGUUAAAUUUCAUGUACUUUCAGCUAUUAACUUCUCUAAUGCUUCAAAAUAAAAGUUCUCUCAUGGUUCCAAAUAACUUUUCUAAAAUUUUGCUGAUCACUAAAUGUAUACAAUACUGAGAUUCUGAUCUUGAAAACUUCUCUUUAGAGAUGACUGGCUCCUGGGCAGACUGGUUUAUGACAAGUAUUAUAGACAAUACACUAUCAUGGCAUUAAGAGAAGUAGAUACAAUAAAAUGAAAUCCCAUUUUAAAUAUAAA